AUGCUGGAUUUAGAUUUCGAAGGAUAUGUUUUGAUUUUCGAUGGCGCAGCCAAGGUCUCCACCAGACAGGAAAGUUGUGGAUGUAUUAUCCAAGGUCUCCACCAGACAGGAAAGUUGUGGAUGUAUUCUGUGGCGUCUACCCGGUUGGCACUAAGCGCCCACGGUUUCCCUCUGGAUGACGUGACCGUGAACGAUGCAGAGUAUCACGGGUUGAUCAAAGGCUUGGAACUGGCCGCCGACCGCGGUUUCAGAGAUGUGGUCGUGGUCGGCGAUUACAGGAUUGUCAUUCAACAAGCGCAAGGCUUAAUAGCGUUGAAGACGAAAUUUGACUCAGUACGGUUGGUCCACGUCAAACGAGCCAGCAACCAGGCCGCAGACUACUUGACGACGAAGACGUUGGCGCUCGGGAAAGCGUGGUUGGUUGAGGAUGCUGAUGAGCUGAUGCAUCUGAAAUUGGUGUCCAUGAUCCCGGAGAAGACCAUGAAAUCUGCGGAAUUCCCGGAACGGAAGGACGACGCAAGUCAGAGCCCGAUGAGCGACAGUCCAAAUGAUUCCGUUUCAGACCCUAAUGACACGAGUCGACCACUUGACUAUCGAGACGAACGUUGGAGACGCAUUAAAAUCCACCAGGACGAGAAUCCAGAGUUAAAAAGCCUCAAGAACUAUUUGAGGGGUGACCUGGUGAACUAUACGCGGUGGGAAGUCAAGAAGAUCGCGAAGGUUUCAGACCGAUAUGUUUUAAACUCAAGGGGCGUUCUUUAUCGAUUAGAUACCCCUACGCCGGAACGUCCUAGGGACAAGCGCUCUGAACUUCACCUAGUUGUACCAGAAGCCUUGCGACCCGACAUCCUACAUCACGCUCACGAGGAUUUCCAAAGCGGCCAUCAAGGCAUUACCAGGACAUAUGAGCGUCUGCGUUGA